UCUUCUCUUAUCUUUAGCAGUGUACCUAGGCAGUUAUCAAUUUAAUUUCACAUUUUCGUAUGAGUUCUAUAUGAUUAUUCGACGUUUUCUAAUACGAUUUCUCUUCUCAAAAAUUAUUCGACCUGUCUAGACUCAUGAAAACGUUCCUGUUCACAUUUUGCCUCGUGGCAAUUUUCGGAUCCAGCUCAUGGAUUGGGACGAAUAGUGUUUGGAUGGAAUUGUCACUUUUGACAGCGAAACUUCCCGAAGGAUGGAACUUACCCAGUUAUUUAUCUGCUAUUGUUCAGAUCGCGUGCCUGGGUCCGCUAAUCUAUUCAAUAAUUCAUAAAGGAAUCAAAAUGACAAUACCUACAGUACCCCUGAUUUUCAUAUUUAUGGUGUUAGCAUGUAUUUGUCAAUUGGGUCUCUGCUUCUUCUGGGACGACACUGGAUACAUAUUUGGAGCCAUCCGAUCAUGGCCUCUUUACCUUCUUCUCUUCGGAUUAGCCAUCGUUGAUGCAAUCUCCAGUGUAUUAUUUCUCCCUUUUAUGGCACAAUUUCAUCCGUCAUUCUUGAAUGCAUAUUUUGUAGGAAUGGGCUUAAGUGCUCUAAUUCCAAGUCUACUAUCUCUCAUACAAGGAACUUCGAAUUACUGGUGUGAUGAUAACAAAACUCCACAUUAUUAUCCACCAAGAUUCUCAGUUUCCAUGUUCUUCCUUAUUAAUUUCUUCUUUACAUGCGCGGCAGUUGCAGCAUUCCUAGUGUUAUAUAAGAUCGGAGCUCAUAAGAAUUCAAGCCAAGUGGAGCCAGAACCGAAACAUUCAAUUCAAAUUAUACAAGGUGAUUCUACAACGGAUGUGAACGAAGUUAAUACGGAAAGCAGUUUUCAGGAAACAUCUAGUAUACCUGACAGCAGUAGUGCAACCGGUGCCCGACUUGCAUUUUUACUAUUAACUACUGCGUUGGUCAACGCACAAAUGAAUGGAAUUGUGACAAGUGUACAAAGUUAUGCAACACUUGUGUACUCACAGAACACCUACCACUAUGCGGUUACAUUAUCCAAUGUGAUAUCUCCACUGGCAUCGUAUCUACAAUUCUUUGUGAAAAUCCGAAGUCUACCAAUUCUAGCAUUUCUAACAUUAUGCUCUUCGCUAACAACUGCAGUAAUUAUCUAUUUAGCUGCACUAUCUCCAAAUUGGAUAUUUAAUUCUGAAACUGCGGGUACUAUUAUCUCAAUAGCAAGUUCCUUGAUAGCAGCUGGACUGCACUCAUAUCUUCGUGUCAUGUUUGCCGCAUUAUUACGGGAAGGAAAUCAGAAGGAGUCGAGGUUAUUCUGGUGUGGAGCGUUUAUACAGAUCGGAUCGUUCACUGGUUCUGCAAUAAUGUUUCCAUUGGUAAAUGUCUGGAAACUCUUCCACUCUGCACCAUCAUGUCGGUGACCUUGUUCAUUUUAUUCCUUUACUUCACAUUAGUCUCACUUUUUUUGUGAGAAUUUUGUGUUGUUCCUUUUGUAGUUUGAUGUCAAUUUGAUAGACAUGUAAAUUUGAACAAUAAAAGCAAUGGCAAAUUUGCCCUUAUAUUCCCUUUUUAGACAUACACCUUUUCAAAUGUAUACAAAUAAACCUAGGGUUUUUGAACAUAUUUUUGAUCCUAAUAAACUAUUUUUUUU